GGUUGUGGGCAUAGGUGUAUUGCGGGCAGCCCCGUGGCGGAUCGUGUUUGUGGGUGCUUAAACGACGCAGCGCGUUCCCCUCCUGAGAAAGCGGCGUCCGGGCUGAGAAAACGGCGAGACCGCCAGCGCCUCAGAGCGAGGCGUCCGGACCCGCUGCCCGCCCGCCACGGACAUGGCGCUGCCCACUUCAGCACCCCGAUGAGCACGUGAGACGCAGCGAAGCCGCCGCCGCCAUCUUGGAGUGAAGGAUGCCGAGGAAGAAGAAGCCUGCAGAGGGCCUGGAGUCUCAAGGUCAGGAUGGGGAGGAAGAGGAGGAAGAGAAGAGGAAGCCAGCCAAUGCCAAGAAGAAGCGCAGUUUUGUGGAUGCAUUUAUUGUUAUAUCUGACAGCGAUGGAGAGCAGGAGUCAAAGGAAGAGAGUGGAUUGCAAAAGAAGAGAACAAAGCAGCUGGAUCGAACGAAGUUUGCUGCUAAAAGAAAAAUUGCACAGAUGACUGAAGAGGAACAAUUUGCACUGGCCCUGAAAAUGAGUGAGCAAGAAGCUAGACAAGUGAACUGUCAGGAGGAGGAAGAGGAGGAGCUCUUGAGGAAGGCCAUUGCUGAGAGCCUUAGUAGCUGUCAGCCCUCAGACUCCUUGACUUCAACUCCUCAGUUGUCAGUGGAAGCACUGGAUUCACAGGGCCAAAGCCAGCCUGCUGAGAAAGAAGGCUCUGAGAUCCCGGGAGGCCUGGCGUUCUGCCCUGACACCCCUCCCUCCGACUGCAGCUCCCACUCACAGAGCUCCAGAGCUGAUGGGAACGGACAGAUGGAUGUCGCCCGGAGCCCCUUGGUAGUGUUGAGGAGGUUAAGCCAGGAAAUCGUUGAAAGCUCACUAGUAUCCAGCAUAAUCGUGUCUCCGGGGAAGGGCCAGCCUGUGACAAGGUCAAGUGAAAAGUCUUCCUCACCAGCACAAAGUGAUUUGAGUGAUGUGUUACCCAGCACUGUCGGAGAGGACUUCAUGUCUUUGAGUCCCACCUUUGGCAAGGUGGCUUCAGGCUCCUGGCGACUGACACCUCGGAGACUGUUCACCAGCCCGUCCAGCUCUUCCGAAGCAGCAGGCCAUGAACCAAAAGAGCAGCUCCUGCCCUGCACUGGCCAUUCUGUGGGAGAAGCUGGUGCUGGGAGCUCAGCCACGCUCUGGAAGAGCAGGACCACAGAACAAUGUGACAGCCCCAGGAGGAGUGGUGGAGGAGCAGGUACCAAACACAGCUCACAGCCUGGGCACACUGCCAAGGUCUGUAUUUCCACAGAGCAAGCAGAGCAGAACAAGGGGUCUGGCAGUACCCCGCAUCUUUGCAUGCAGACUGCAGUGGAGGAGAAGCACAAACAGGAGGAGGCAAAAGACACAGUGCACUAUUAUUGGGGCAUCCCCUUCUGUCCUAAAGGGGUGGACCCCAACCAGUACACCAAAGUCAUCUUGUGUCAGCUGGAGGUUUACCAGAAGAGCCUGAAGCAGGCUCAGAGGCAGCUAUUGCAUAAGAAGGAGUUUGGUAACCCAGUUGUGCCGAGUUCUUCCUUGAGCCAGAAUGAGCUUGGGAAAGGAGAGGAGAUAAGCAGGGAGAAUGGGGUUGCUGAUGGUACAGAAGAUGGAGACACAGAGGGACAGGAGUCUGAAAACACCACCUGGCUCCACCCUUCAAAGAGGAGGGAGGCAGAGAGUCCAGGGCACAGCAUGGAAGAAGAGAAGAACUCCACUUCUGAUGAUGAGCCGACCACCAGCUACUGCCAGCCCUCCCAGGUGCUGCCUGCAGAGGAUGUGCCUGAAGAUGGGGAACCCAUGCAAAUUGCACACAGCAUCUCCACAAUGACCCCACUUGGCAGUAAAAGGAGCCCCAAUACUGCCACAGAAAACUCUGCUGAAGAAGAGCUCUCUGUUUGCCCAGACAGUUCUGUGACAGGGAUUGCUGAAGACUUGCUGAAGACAUACCUGGAUGUGCAUUGGGCAUGGAGGGAUCACUCAAAACAAGAGACACAGCCGAGCCCACUGGAAGCUGUUGAGGAGGAGAGAGAAGAGCUCUGUUCAGACAGCAGAGGUGCACCUAUGCAGGUUGGUGGAGAUGAAGAUGCUGGCAGGACUGUGUCUGAGUGCAGUCCUACAGCUGCUGCCCGCGUGUCUUGCCCGCUGUGUGACCAUGGCUUCCCAGCUGACGAGAUCGAGGUGCACGCCAUGUACUGCAAUGGCAUCGCGGGGCCGGAGCCUGGCGAGGACGCUCCAGUGCUCACCCGGCAUCAGAGAGAGGCAAGAAAUAAAGCUGCCAGUGGUGAAAGCAGCCCACCAUCCUUAGACAUUGACAAGUGUGAGAAGUGCUACCUCUGUAAGUCACUGGUGCCACUGCUGCAGUAUCAGAGGCACGUGGACAGCUGCCUUCAGGCUGCUAGGCAAGCUCAGGGAACCAGGAGGCUGCGAAGAGCCAAGGACACCGGAAGGCAGGAGAGAGGACUCCUCAGGAUGCUGGAGCUCUCGGAGAGCAAGUCUGAAGGUGCUGACGCGGGGACUCCCCUCACUGGAUUAGGAGACCAACAGUCCUCUCCCCCACUCUCAGCCGCUGAUGGGGAGCCGUCGGCAGACAGCCCCACCUCCCUUCAGCACCUUCCUUUCCAUGUCUCCCCUGCAAAACCCGGCGUCUCCUUGGAAGCCAUGGAUGGUGUGGUGGACUCAGAGCCACGUGUGGCUCUCCGUGUGGGCAGCCAGCAACGGAUCAAAGGCUGCCGCCGGAGAAGGCACAAGUUCUGAGGCUGGCCGUGCUGCAGGGACCCCCAGCAGCUCCCUGUGCCCCAGGGAGGGUCUUCUCGGCACUGUACCCCUGCUUCACCUGCAGCCUUUGUCUCCCACGCCCCUUUUAUAUGUUUUAUACAACCUGUGCGGGGAGUGCUGGGUGGAGAAGCGACUAUGUGUUUUAUAGGUGCCUGUGCAGCUUUGCUCUCUGUUACAGAAAUGGAAAUAUAUUUAUGUAUGUUUUUAUGAAACUGCA